GAAACUCUUGGUGGCGCACUAUUGUGAAACGGCUACAUUGUUACUCGAACUGGCUCAAAGAUGAAGGGCUCAUGAAGAGUCGGCGAAUGGCUGAUGGAAAGAGUGCAUUUAACAGAAUAGCCUGCCAUCAAUGUCGUGUCCGUCGUUAAUUAAGGCCUACUUAUAGCACUUUAAGGUAUACAGAGGGUGUACUGUACCUAAUUCACUGAUUACUGAGUCAUCAUAUCGAGUGGGUUUUUGAUGGGUUUUCGAACUCAAUUUCGAUUUUCUGCGAUUAGAUCAACGUGCUGUACAUUUUACGUCAAGUAGGCUACUCUGAAUGUUGUCAAGGGGGAAUUGAAGAUACUGGCAUAAGAAUGUCCCUGAGAUAAACAAAUACACUAACCAAAGAAUUCAUCAGGUCUAGGGACAGCUGACUGGAGCUUUGGAAUAAAAAAUGCCCGUCCGCUUGAGAAAACGAAGACCCUCCGAUCGCACACAUGCUUCGUACAUUCAGACGUCCGCGUACAUCUCUUCCCAAAGAGCGCCCUCAACAUAAGAUUGCAUAACUCACCGGUACCAUGCGUUACGUGAUCGAAUGAGAAACGCGUAAACGUUGCCUUUACUGAAUGAAAACCCUAACAAAAUUUCAUUGAUUUUUGCACGUGGGUGUAAAUAAGUUCUUCGGCAAUGGGCUCACUCCGAAUUACAGCCCUUUUAAGUGGAACAACCAAGCGGAAUGUUCAACUUGCAUUUGACCUGAGGAGAAGGAUUUUACCUGCAGUGGUCAGUUUCCAUGGUUACCGGCAUGCAUCUUCCUCAUCAGGAAAUACUGAUGUGCAGAAGAUCCGUAACAUUGGAAUAUCAGCCCACAUUGACUCUGGGAAGACAACGCUCACAGAGCGACUCCUGUUCUACACGGGCAGAAUUAAACAGAUGCAUGAGGUGAAAGGAAAGGACAAUGUGGGAGCCACCAUGGAUUCCAUGGAGCUGGAACGGCAGAGGGGGAUCACCAUUCAGUCUGCUGCCACUCACAUUGAGUGGAAAGACCACACCAUCAACAUCAUUGACACGCCAGGACACGUCGACUUCACUGUGGAGGUGGAGAGAGCCUUGCGCGUACUUGACGGUGCCGUACUGGUCCUGUGUGCCGUGGGAGGAGUCCAGAGCCAGACCUUUACUGUGAACAGGCAGAUGAGACGUUACAAUGUACCUCGCAUCGCAUUCAUCAAUAAGCUUGAUAGGCUGAAAGCAAAUCCACAGCGUGUUUUAUCCCAGCUGCGCUCCAAGCUCAACCACAAUGCUGCCUUCUUACAGCUGCCCAUCGGCUUGGAGGCCAACAGCCAGGGCGUCGUCGAUCUCGUCCACCGACAGGCCAUCUACUUUGAAGGAGAUCAGGGGCAGAGCGUGGUCACGAAAGAGGUGCCCAAGGAACUGGAAGCAGAAACGGAAGAGAAGAGACAGGAGAUGAUUGAGUGUGUAGCAAAUGUGGAUGAGGAACUUGGUGAUAUGUUUCUUUCAGAAGUGGAACCAAAUGAGGACCAAAUAAAGGCAGCUAUCCGUCGGGCAACCCUCAAACAAUCCUUCACGCCAGUACUUCUUGGCACAGCUCUGAAAAACAAAGGAGUGCAGCCGCUGCUAGAUGCUGUGUUGGAGUAUCUGCCAAAUCCUUCGGAAGUUGACAAUUACGCUUUUGAUGAGGAGGACCAGAAGCUGAAGAUGAGUCCAGUGAGGGACGACUCCGAUCCCUUUGUUGCUUUAGCUUUCAAACUUGAGGCGGGACGGUUUGGUCAGCUCACCUACAUGAGGGUGUACCAAGGUCACUUACAGAAGGGGCAAUAUAUCUACAAUACACGGACGAAUAAAAGGGUCAAAGUGUCCAGGCUGGUCCGCAUGCAUGCUGAUAAGAUGGAGGAUGUGACUGACAUCUACGCAGGAGACAUCAGCGCUCUCUUUGGCAUAGACUGUGCAAGCGGUGACACCUUCGUCUCCAGACCCAAGUUCCAACUUUCCAUGGAAUCCAUUCAUGUACCAGACCCUGUCAUUUCACUCGCCAUGAGGCCGCAGAAAAAGACUGAUAUCGACAGCUUUUCCAAAGCGAUCAAUCGCUUCACACGCGAGGAUCCAACUUUUACAGUCCACUUUGACAAUGACAGCAAGGAGACAGUCGUAUCAGGCAUGGGAGAACUACAUCUUGAAAUCUACGCUCAAAGGAUGGAAAGAGAGUACAACUGUCCUGUGAUUACAGGGAAGCCCAAAGUGGCUUUCAGAGAGUCCAUUUUACAGCCAGUAGAAUUUGACUACUUGCACAAGAAGCAGUCGGGUGGUGCUGGCCAGUACGGCAAAGUGAUAGGUGUGAUUGAGCCUUUGCCAUCGGAUGCCUUCACCAAGGUAGAGUUUGUGGACGAAACUGUCGGGACCAAUGUGCCCAAACAGUUUGUUCCUGCAGUAGAAAAGGGUUUCCUAGAGGGGGCAGAGAAGGGCCCUCAGCUAGGCCAGAAGAUAACCGGCAUCCGCAUGCGUCUCCAGGACGGCCAACAUCACAUGGUAGACUCCAGUGAACUGGCUUUCAGAUUAGCUGGUCUUGGAGCAAUCAGACAAGCAAUGAGUGAGGCACACUGUCACAUUCUGGAACCCAUCAUGACAGUUGAGGUCACAGCCCCCUCGGAGUUCCACGGCACAGUCAUCGCCGGGAUCAACAAGCGGAACGGGGUGAUCUCAGGCUCCGACGGUGGGGAGGGUUACUUCUCAAUCAGCUGCGAGGUCCCACUCAACGACAUGUUCGGGUAUGCUACAGAGCUCCGAUCGGCCACCCAGGGCAAAGGUGAAUACACGAUGGAAUACAGCCACUACCAGCCCUGCAGGCCUGCCGUCCAGGAAGCCCUUACUCUGCAAUACCAACAGGAAAACGGCCUGAUCAAAACAGCAAAAAGAUCUAGAUGAUGGAAGUGUUGAGUCGGUUCUGAAAGACAGGUGUAUUUAUUGAAAUGUUUGCCUGCAAUAUUAUACUCUGUUUAUGGCCUCCUUGUUGUUUUUCAAGAGGUUGUCUAGGUAACACCACAGACUUGUUUUUUAAAGUUUAUCAUAUUUUAAAGAAGUGAGGACACAGUUUGUUCUUAAUUGAUGCAGGCAAUUUGAAAGUGUUUACAUUCAGUAAGUAGGAAGUAAACAAUCCCAACAGAUCAUGUGCAUUUGUCAACUGAAUUUUUUUAGUUUUAGGCGUUUUUUGUUUUAGAAAAGAAAAAGUGGACACGUUUCAGAGUUCACUCGGGAUUAUUUGGCAUUGUUCCUUGCCCUCUCCCAAUAAAAAGGAUCCCCAUUUUUAAAUAAGGGCAAAUUUGUUGGUCUAUUUCACCUCCCAUCCUGCGAAAAGUGUGUGAAAAAGCUCUAAAAUAUACAUGUAGUCUCGCCCCCCAGAAAGGCUUUUAAAGGUUACUUGAAAAAUUUCCAAGUUCUUUUCCCUUCUUCAAAAACAUGUUGGACCUUCCUAAAAUGUUGGUUCUAG